ACCGUCAAAGGAGGCUACUCAGAGACCAGGAUAGAAAAAAGAAUCAUAAUCACAGGAGAUGAUGAUGUGGAUCAGAAUCAGGCACUCGCCAUGGCGAUCCAGGAGGCUAAACAGCAGCAUCCAGACAUGCUGGUGACAAAAGCAGUGGUUAUCAGGGAAACAGAGUCUCCCACUGAGGAGCUGCCUCAGAAAGUAGAGUCCUGAUUCAACACGGUGGCUUCUGAGAUGGAAGGGUGAAGUGUGUGUCUGUGGGGGGRCCUGACAGGUGAUGGAUCCUCCAGGAAAUAGUCCCCCCCCCCACUCCCCCAAGCAGCACGCCAUCAGCCCCGAUGAGAGGACUGUCUCCUCCCCACCAUGUACAUGUAGACAUCAGAACAGACUGCAACUCAUGAAUCUGUAAACCCUCAGCCCUGUCCCUUUAGACAAACAACUGUGACUCAGCCCGGACCCCCCGUCCUGACCUGGACCAGCUCUCCCACCUCUUCGGCAACAGAAAACGCGCUGGAUGAUUCAGCUUUGAUUCGAACAUGUUUCAGCUCGUUUGAGCCGGUGAGCUCAGCUUCUCAGAAAUGAUUUCUUCCUGUUUUAAAGGUCCCAAAUAUCUGAAGUGUGUUUGCCCAUUGUUCUCACCUCCCCGCUGGGACAUWUACACUUUAAUCAACUUAUUAGCUUUUUACAUUUUUAUCUGUAGAGAAUCUAAUUUAUGUUCAGUGUUUGCCUGUUUAUCAGUAAUAUUAGAUAAUAAUCUGCAUGAAUACGUAAUAAGAACAGAAGGAACGAAAAGAAACACAAACUAUACACCCAUGUUCCUUUAGACGCCUCGUGAGAAAAUGCAAAGGGUAAAAAGAAGUACUGGACCAGUGCUAAUGUCCACAGAAACUUUACUGAGCUGGUAUAACUGGUCCCAGUAAACCAAUCUUAUUUUUGUCAUCCUGUGUCACUGGGGCUGCAGA